CGGAAGGAGGAAGUGCGAGCGCGGCGCGGGGCCAUGGCGCUGCCCGGCGACCUGUGGGCAGAGCUGCCCGCCGAGAAGCGCAUCUUCUCCUCCGUCCUGCUCUUCUCCUGGGCCGUGUACCUGUGGGAGGCCUUCCUGGCGCACCGGCAGAGACGGGUGUACAGAACAACGACACACGUGCCGUGGGAAUUGGGACAGAUCAUGGAUUCAGAAACGUUUGAAAAAUCUCGUCUGUAUCAGUUGGACAAGAGCACUUUCAGCUUCUGGUCAGGGCUGUACUCAGAGCUGGAGGGCACUAUGAUUCUCGUCUGCGGAGGAAUUCCUUUUCUCUGGAAUCUGUCUGGUCAGAUUUCAGGCCGUGCUGGGUUUGGACCAGAAUAUGAGAUCGUUCAGUCGUUGGUGUUCCUGCUGCUCGCCACGCUGUUCAGUGCCCUGACUGGUCUCCCGUGGAGUUUAUACAACACUUUUGUCAUAGAAGAGAAACACGGCUUCAAUCAGCAGACACUGGGAUUUUUUUUUAAGGAUGCCAUCAAGAAGUUUAUCGUGACACAGUGCAUUCUGUUGCCAGUGACAUCCCUUCUGCUUUAUAUUAUUAAAAUAGGGGGAGACUACUUCUUCAUCUACGCCUGGCUCUUCACAUUAGUUGUGUCCUUGGUGCUCGUUACCAUCUAUGCAGACUACAUUGCUCCUUUGUUUGAUAAAUUCAUUCCACUUCCUGAGGGAGAGCUCAAGCAGCAAAUUGAAGUCAUGGCAAAGAGCAUUGACUUCCCAUUGACGAAGGUGUAUGUUGUUGAAGGUUCUAAGCGUUCUUCUCACAGCAAUGCUUACUUCUAUGGAUUCUUCAAGAAUAAGAGGAUAGUGCUGUUUGACACGCUCCUGGAAGAUUAUUCUGCAUUGAACAAAGAACCAGUAGAAGGAGAAGAGGGUGAGAAUGAAGAAACAAAGUCUAAAACAAAAAAUAAAAAGCAAGGAUGUAAGAAUGAAGAAGUUCUGGCUGUCCUUGGUCAUGAAUUGGGUCACUGGAAGCUGGGUCACACUGUCAAAAACAUUAUUAUCAGCCAGAUGAAUUCCUUCCUCUGCUUCUUCUUGUUUGCUGUUCUGAUUGGUCGAAAAGAACUCUUUGCUGCAUUUGGCUUCUACGAGACUCAGCCGACCCUGAUAGGCUUGAUGAUUAUUUUCCAGUUCAUUUUUUCACCUUACAAUGAGAUUCUCUCCUUUUGCUUGACUGUAUUGAGCCGACGAUUUGAGUUUCAAGCAGAUGCAUUUGCCAAGGAACUUGGAAAGGCUAAAGACCUAUAUUCUGCUUUGAUCAAACUAAACAAAGAUAACUUAGGAUUCCCUGUUUCUGACUGGAUCUUUUCAAUGUGGCAUUAUUCCCAUCCACCCCUUUUAGAAAGACUGCAAGCCUUGAAAGAAGCAAAGCAAGAGUGACAGCAGCCUGUGGGGCAGACAGCGCUUCCAUCCAGAGGCAAAGUUAGGAGCAGCUCUUAAAAACGGGUGUGACGUUAACAGCACGACAAAUCCAAGAAUCCUGAAACAGUAUUAAAUUCUGACUUUUUAUUUUUAAACAAAAGCAAAGUGGUGGAACUCAAUUUAGAAUAAAGUCCUGGGUGAAGGCCGUGCCUCCUAUGCUCUGGCUUUUAUCUCCAUAUAGAUUUGUAAGGGGAGAAAAAUAUAAUAUUUUGAGGCACCUGUUUCUUAAAUUUUACAUUGGUUUUGAUUCUUUUCCCCUUCUUGGUGUUCUGUGAACUUUGUCUCCAUCUUCACUCACAAUGAAGAGGUUUUGAAUGCUAUGAUUUCUCACAUCAUAACCAUACUAGCCGGUCACUGUGUUUAAAAAGAGUUUAAUGCAGGUAUGAGCCUUUCUGCUGGAGUUAAAUCCAUGUCUGUCAUAAGGGAAAAUGCUGUUUCUCUGAAAUGUGGCAAUACGGUUGAGUCAGAGUCAAAGAAAUAAAUCAUGGCCUCCUUGAAAAUGAGGAUUAGUCUGUAUUCAGUAUUGGUAUAGGGGGGAUUGGGCUGUCCUCCAUUCUGGAGGUGCAGAAGAAUGUGAUGGAGAAGUGAAGACAGGACCCAUGCAUUAAAGAAAGUUGUAAGUUCUUUGGUCUUCCUCCUCUUGCUUGUAAGCGUAAUGGUUAACAGCAUUUCCACACCUCGGUUCCUUCAUUUCUGUCAAUCUUUGCCUAAUUUAAUUGUGUAUAUGGAAGAGGUCUGAUGCUCAGGCUGCGCGUUCAUGUCGAACUUUAAUUCUGAGGUCUGCAGAGGGUUUUUUCAUUCAUAUGGACUUGACUGAAACAGUGUGGGAACUCAGAAAAUAUUGCUCGUGAUCACUGUAAUACAAGUAAUCCAAGAUACGGUUUGUUUGUAUAGGCUGGGGAAGGGUAAAGGGGUAUUUGGAGAAAUGGCUUCUGCAUCUGUCAUCACAGGUGAGAUGUGGAAUUGAAUUUACUUUUGAAUAAAGAUAGAAAUUAAAUGUGGGUUUGUAUGUGC